AUUUAACCGAGAUCCUAAAUACUACUUGUAGGUAAGACAAUGGCGCACUUAAUCUUAGAAAACCGGACUGACUAUAAGUUGGAUAGUUUGUUUUGAACAUUUGUACCUACCCACCUCAUCGGCUUCGUUUAUGUACAAGCAAGCGAGCUCAGUUGUUAGAGAUAAGUUCCAUUUUUUGGCGAAUGUAGUUCUUCCAAAUUGUAAACAAAUAUCUAUUUUAUUACUCUUUUGCAACAUUUAGUCAUUAUAAGUUGAAAUAUAGGUAUUUAAUAUAGGGUUAUCCAUUGUUGAAAUAAAAUCGGCGGACAAUCGUGUUGACCAGUUUAUAGGUUAAGUAAUAUUUCACUGACAUCGAAGAAUGUGUGAAGAUUUAAAGAUAUUGAUGCAAGGAGCUGAAGCCAAGCUGUACAUCCGCAAUUACAUCGGGAAACCUACGCUAAUCAAGGAGAGGUUUGAGAAAUAUCGGCAACCUGAACUAGAUGUCGCGAUAACCAAGGAGCGGAUAAAAAAUGAAGCUAGAGCCAUCGUUCGUUGUAAAGCAGCCGAUGUCAAGACUCCAGCUUUAUAUUUAGUAGAUUUCGAGCGUAGACGCAUAUACAUGCAACAUUUCAAGCACAGCAUCACGGUGAAAGACUUCAUUAUAAACGUUUUUACAAAACGGAAUGGCUCGGGCGAUAGACCAAACAGCCUUGACAAAAUUGCCACAUUAAUCGGGCAAACUGUGCGAAAACUACAUGAAAAUAACAUCAUUCACGGAGAUUUAACUACGUCAAAUAUGUUAUUAGUUAAUAACUUAAAUGAUUCCAAUUGGUCAGAUGUAGAUAAUCUGGAAUUGGUCAUGAUUGAUUUUGGAUUGUCAUCCUUCGAUACAAGUGCGGAAGAUAAGGGGGUGGACUUGUAUGUCCUAGAGAGGGCGCUGAUAAGCACCCACAAUGACUACCCGGAGAUAUUUAGCAAAAUCCUGGAAGCGUAUAAAAUAUACAGUAAAAAUAAUGUAAAGGAGAUUAUUGGCAAGUUUGGAGAAGUAAGAGCCAGAGGGAGAAAGAGAACAAUGGUGGGAUAGAGAUGGUUGUAAAUAAAAAGUGUUUUACAUUUAAU